AUGUCUUCUCAUUUCAUACACGACAAAUGCCUUCCCCGGCGAGUACAUUCCUACAGUGUGAGUUUGUCCUGCGAGCUGCUCCCGACACACGUGCUGGAUGGAUGCAAGAAAUGUGCGCUGACGUGCAACCCUAGCUUUGAUAACUAUACGACUAGUUUAAUGGUCGACGGCAAGCCCAUCAGCCUGGGACUGUGGGAUACGGCUGGUCAGGAAGACUACGACCGGUUGCGGCCGCUGUCAUACCCCCAAACCGACGUAUUCCUGCUUUGCUUCUCUCUCAUAAAUCCGGCCUCAUUUGACAACGUCCGAUCCAAGUGGUACCCUGAGAUUGAUCACCACGCUCCCAAUAUCCCUAUCAUCCUGGUCGGUACCAAACUUGACUUGAAAGAAGAGUACGACAGAAGAGAGGAUGCCGAAAAGAAUGGAGACAGACAUGCAUUCGAAAACGCCUCAAAAGAAGUAAAAGAACUGAAGGAGAAGAAGAGACAGCGACCGAUAGAAUUUCGGGAUGGAUUGGCUUGUGCACGAGAAAUUGGCGCGUACAAAUACCUCGUGUGCUCCGCACUGACCCAAAGCAACCUGAAAGGCGUGUUCGAUGAAGCUAUUCGGUGA